GAUUCAGAUCCAUCCAUGGCCACUGAAUGAAAGACUGUUACUUUUUACUUUCAUCCUUUUUGUUUGUUCCAAAUUCCUCGUACCAGAGCAAGUGUUGUUGGCGGCAUGGAGAAGGAGCAGCUUGAUUUUGUUCUGGUGCCGUUGGGUCUGUUGGUGUUCCUCAUGUACCAUAUCUGGCUUGUCUAUUCCAUCGUUCACAACCCUCUUCGAACUGUUAUUGGCCUUAAUGCUGAGUCUCGUCAUCAGUGGGUUCUUGCCAUGAUGAGUGAACCGAUGAAGAAUGGGGUUCUGGCAGUGCAAACUAUUCGCAACAAUAUCAUGGCAUCUACUCUUCUAUCUACAACAGCCAUCACACUCAGUUCACUUAUUGGCAUUUUUGCGAGCAGUACCUGGAGUAAUGACGAGCCUAUCAUACCUUUCGGUGAUAGUUCAAUCAAACAUAUUUCUGUCACCAUUUGCUUCCUCAUUGCAUUCUUAUGCAAUGUGCAGUCCAUAAGAUACUAUUGCCAUGUCAGUUUCUUGAUCACUGCACCAACACUCAGAGACAAAAGGGAGUAUAUGGAAUACAUUGCCGUGACUUUGAAUCGUGGGAGUCAUGCUUGGUCUAUUGGACUUCGAGCAUUUUACCUGUCAUUUGCAUUCUUCCUCUGGAUUUAUGGGCCAAUACCCAUGUUUGCAUGCUGCUGCUUGACGUCACUUGUUUUGUUCUUCUUGGAUACAACAGCAAAAAUCACGCGGAAUCUUCAUAGUAACUCAUUCAGGAAAGAUAGGGGAACCAAUGAUGUAGAGUCUGUUGUGGAACCUGAUUAUCAUCCUUUGCCUGCUAACAAUUUGUAUCAAAACUCAGACGUCAAUCAUGUAUGAUCAUGUAUGAGCAAUUAUAAAUGUAACAAAUUUGUACUUUCCAAUUGAGAAGUAUGAACAUGUUCCGGGGGUGUUAUAGAAGGAUUCAAUGAGAGUACUAGGUAGUCAUUUUUAUAUACUGGUAUGUUAGUUGCAUUUCACUUCAUUGGGAUGAACUUACUUACAAUCGUCCCAAUCAUUUUUGCUGUACCAUUCAAUCUCUCACUCUUCAUUGGUAUGUUAGUUACAUUUCUGCAUGUUUGGAUAGCUAGACUUAUGGAAUUCGGUCAAGUUGUCGCCACAUCGACCAUAUGACAGCAAACCGUAGAAGCAGUCAUAUAUUCUUGAGUUUCCUCCCUUACCAAAUCGUAUCCUGUAAAAGAUCGAUGGAAGAUCAGAUUGAAAACCAGAGCUAAUAGAAAGAAGACCAAACAAGAAGUAAGACAACAAUUGAAGAAUAGAUGUUGAUGUCUUUUUUUUAGAAGACAAACAACUAGAACAGUCCAUCUGUUCCUGUGUUGGAAGCUUAUCUAAGAUCUGUUAAUUACUUAAUUAUAAUUUGUAAUAUUAUAUUAUGAUGAUUCAUGCA